AUGGUCGAUUGGAAAAUCAUCAAAAGGACUUGGAGUUGGGACGCUAAAUUUGUAUUGUUUACGAAUAAGCUCGAUGAAAGAACGCACACAAUACAAUCACUUUUCUUACACCUAUAUCGAACUGCAUUUUUCCUUUUUGGUUUAGGUAGAACUUUUUAUAUAUUCAGGACCUGGAAAAAUUUAGGUUUUCAAGAGCUUAUGUUCAAUUAUUUAUUGUGAGUUAGAAAAACAGAGUAAGGAUUGCAGCUUUCUUGUAUCAAAUUGAACUUAUAAGUUAAGAAAUGACAAUCAACAAACAAAUUAUCAAUAGUGAAAAUGUGAACGGCUUCAACAUUACACUAAAAGUGGAAAAACGUAAUAAUUAUCCAACUUCUCAGCGCUAUGUAAUAUCAUAUAAAAAUAAGGAACAAAAGUCAUCAUUAUGGUCAAAGAAGUCCCUUAUAUGUGCAAUUAUUUUCAAUAUUUUAGCCAUGAGCUAUAUUCGUAUAAGUUUUACAGCAACUUCGAUUAUUAUUAUUGUGAUGUCAUUCCUUAUAUUUUUCUGGGUUACACACACCGUACAGUCAGAAACACUUCUAGUUAUUCCGACUGUGGGUAUACAGACGUCAGUGAAGUAUGUUGUAGGUAGAGAAGAUAAUUAUGUUUCUUGGGAUAACAUUGAUGAUGUCAUUAUUAAUGAAGUAAUUAAAUUUAAUAGAGUUCUUUACUUUCUCACAAUUUUAGUAAAGAGUAGUAACCAGGCGGAACAAAUUAAAUUAAUGCCAUUAUUUAAGUACACAAAACCAAGGCUUAUGAUGCUGGAAGUGAUUUAUUCUGAAAUACAAUCAUUAUUAUUAGACUCAAGAAAAGAAACCAAUGAGUUUAGGGAUGGGCAAGGUUCUGGAGAUAAAUAGAUAAAAGUAAAACAAUUGAACUUUGUAAAAUAAAGCGUGAAAUAUGUAUUUAGAAUAAUGUUGCAGAAAAGCUUAGAUUAAAUAAGUAGAGAUGUGCUGAUAAGGUUAGUAUGAAUGUAAUUUAUAAAAAAAAAUAGAGUAACUGAUUGAUGUUUUGCAAUAUUUGUCAUAAAUCGUUAGAAAAAUAUUAAUGAAAGGAUGUUCUUAUUGUUUUGAAUUGUCUAUUCAUUUGUAAUGAAGAAACCAAAAACAACUUGACUGAUCAGCUUUGAAUUCAUAAUUACAAAUUGUAUGAGUUAUGAAUUCAUAAUUAAAACAGCUGUAACAAUUGUAUUACAUAUUUUACAAUUGUUACAGCUGUUUUAGCAAAUAUUUUGAACAAAUAUGAUGUUUAAAUAAUUAUUAUAAAAUUAAUUCACUCAAUUUUUCUUCUAAAUAGAAUAUAGUCAAUAUUCUUUAGUAUAUGUGAAUAUUUAAUGUAAUUGUAUAAAGUAUUUGAGUAUUGUGAAAUCAAUAUAAUAUACAUAUAUUAUUUAUUAUAUUUUAGUUGCCUUUUUAAAAGUAGAAUGAUAAAACAAUGUAAAUAAAAAUCAUUUGACAUCUGUGGCCUGGUGCAGGUAAAAUGCUUAAAAUAUUUGUCAAUUGUUUUUUGUCCAGAAAGAAUGCUGGUGUACCUAUAUGAAAGAAAGAAAAAAUAUUUUUAUUUUGUAUUGUGAUUAGUUUACAAUUUUUAAUUGUGAUUGUUAAGACUGGAUUCAACUGAUUCAUGUUUCAAAAUAUAACCACAGCUUGUCUUGUUAAGCUAAAAAUAGUCCAUGCAUAAAAUGUAGCUUUUGUAAAAUAUAAUAUAGAUAAGCAUUUAUUAAGUAUCAUUAUGACAUUAAACAGAUUUUCUUUGAUA